AUGAGUCUAGAUAUUGACUGGUCGCUGCUCACUGACGACCAUGCACUUGCUAUUGAGCGCUUUGUCAACGAGAAGCUGGGUGAAAUAGAGCUACCUGACUUCCUGCACAAUUUAAGAGUGCUACAUUUUGAGCUUGGCAAGAUUGGCCCAGAAGUGUCUAUCGUUGAUAUCUGCGACCCGUUGCCAGAGUUCUAUGAGCCUGGGGAGGAAGAAGUCAAAUCUCGCGCCGAAGAGGCUCCUAUAGAUACUGUUGCUCCAGCAGAUGCGGCUGCUUCCAGCCUGCGCGGCAUCAAUCCAAUGCUAGCGCGUCAUCUUCAGGACUCGGAGCUUGACAUCAGCAUUGAUGAGCAAAGAGCAGGAAACUUUCGCAUACCGCGUCGUCGCACCAGUGACGAGGAUGUGCAGUUUCACAUCAAGCUCGUGUACAAGGGCGACAUGAAACUUGUUGUUGCCGUCGAUUUAGCCCUCAACUAUCCGAGUCCUUUCUUCGUUACGCUACCACUGGAAUUGACCCUGUCUGACUUGCAUAUUGAGUCAACUGCUGCUGUGGCAUACAUGGCCCCACGCCCAGACUCCUCAGGAGGCGAUUUGGUUCGAAAGAAGAGUCCAAUUCGAGGGUUUCAUAUUGAGAGCAGGAUUGGUGGAUCAGGACCACAGGAGGACGCAGUGGACGCGAUCCGAGAUGUGGAAAAGGUGGAGAGGCUGAUGCUCAAGAUGAUUCGAGAGUUAUUGGAAAAGGAGAUUGUAUUUCCGAGCUCCUACACAUUGAUUCUAGGAUGA